GCGUAAACACGUAAAAUAUUGUAUAAUAGCCACCCGACGCCUACUACGGUCUACGACCACUGCUGCUACAACGACUGUACAACAGCCGAGCGUUACCGCGGCUCUUGUCCGCCAUAUUUGUUAUUAUUAUUAUUAUAAUGUUACUAUUAUAAUAAAAUUAUUAUUUUUGUAGGACGUGUUGGAAUGACGUGAUUUUUUUUGAUUUUUUUUUCGUCUUACGGGUGCCAAAAAAAUUAUAAAUACUAUUAAGCUAUACAAAUUGCAUAGUUCAACGGAUAUUUUAUUAUUUACUUAUAUUAUUAUUAUAUUUAAUAAUAAUAAUAUUUCGCGGUAAUCGGAAUUUCAUCGUUAAUCAGAGUCGCAUCAGACAAAAUAUGAGUGUUAUACGUGUUUUCACGGUGGAAAUGAAAGGAAACGGGUUUCUGAUACGUUAUAAUAAUAAUAGGAUCUAGUUUGUUCAUCGCCAAAGCGAAAUAGUACGUCUAUAAGAGUGCCAAAAACACUACACCGUCCAACAAGUCGGUUGGUUAUUGGAGCCACGAUAAAUUAAAACAAUUGAAUCUCUAUAUUAUAUUAUGUAAAAUUGGUCAUGAUAUUAUGAGCAAACAUUAAUUGUUCUGCGAACAAUUAUUGUUAACAGUUUUAACAUAAAAUCAUCGCCAUUUUCCGUGAACCGUUUGCUCUUGGUACAUCCACGAAAACGAAGACGAAAACGAAAACGCGCUUUUCUACCCACGGUUAAAAACGGCUCCGAGACGAAUUUUUUGCCACCGGACACCGCCGGGACUACAAUAUUAAAGAUAUCUCAUUCAAUCGUGACUCGCAGGAUCCAUUACAAUAUAUUUUGUAGGCCCGCCAUUUUCCUUCAGCUGCGACUUGUUGCAACUGCCGCUGAUAACCCUAGGUUCAUGCUGUUGAUAACAGAUAUGCUGGUAACCGGCACAAACGCCGUGCAGCCGACGUUCUGACAAGGAAGUGGUGAGCGGGAAGGGAGAUAGCUAUAUAGACGCCAACGAGCGUCACCGCGCCGGACGCGCCGCCAAACACACGCGCACUACGCACCAUUCGGUUGUGCUCAACAACUUGUCGAUUUUCGGCAUUUUUUUUCUGUUGUUUUUCGACGUGCCGCUGUCGUCUGACGUCUCGUUUCCGAACAGUUUCCCCCGAGGUGGUGUUGGAUCGGACUGCGCCAGUACUAAUUUCUGCGGUCGUCAUUUUUCUCAACUAACCGGCUUCGAGCAGCGUCCGAGGUUACCAGAACAGGACUAAGAAGCAAAAAUGGAAGGUAAAAUACUCGAGGAGGAAACCACUGCUGACCACAGUCCAGCCAACGAACAAAUCGCUAAUAUAAAAUCAAAACGCAAAUACGAUAUAAUUGUUUUUGGAGCUUCGGGAUUCACUGGACAAUAUGUUGUUAUGGAAAUGGGACGCUUUUCUCAAACAUACAAUUUAACUUGGGCUAUCGCUGGACGUAACACUGAUAAAUUACAAAACAUACUAGAUAAAUUGUACAAAACUCUUGAUGGUUAUGAAGAUAAAAAAAUUGAUAUUAUUUAUGCCGAUGUACAAGAUAUUAAAACUGUAAUGAGAAUGGCUCAAACAACUUCUGUGGUUAUAAAUUGUAUUGGACCGUACUAUAUAUUUGGAGAAGUUGUAGUAAAAUCUUGUGUUUUGACAUCUACUCAUUAUGUAGAUAUAACUGGUGAACCAUUAUUUAUGGAGAAAAUGGCAUAUAUAUAUAAUAGACAAGCUGAAGAAAACCAUUCAUUAAUUAUUAAUGCACUUGGUAUGACUAGUGUACCGACUGACCUUGGUGUAGAAUUUUUAUACAAACAUUUUAGUGGUGAAUUGAAGAAUGUUGACGUGUACAUGGAAAUUUAUCCUAGUUCAUUCAUAUAUGCACUUCCCUUUAGCACUUUUAUACAUGACUGUACCUGGAUAAGCACUAUAUUGCAUUUGGCUACUGAAAAACAAAGACUAUACUACAGAAAUCUGUUAGAUGAGUUAAUGGGAAUAACUCGAGUAAAACCAAAUGUUUCCAAGAUAUUGCAUAGACGGCAAACCAGUAUGCAAAGUGACGAUAAAGAAUGGUGCUUGGCUUUUCCAGAACCAGAUCAAGCUGUCGUUACUAGAUCAAUACAUCAUGCCAAAACUAUCGAUAAUUUACCUUAUAAUUUUGAUGUUCGAAACUAUUUUGUUUUUGGUGAUUUGAUAUCAGCUCUUAUUGGUUUAAUAUUGUAUGUAACACUAUCUAUUUUGGCCAAAGUUGAACAAAUUCGAAUUCUCUUUGUUCGGUUUCCACGGUUUUUUUCAUUGGGAGUUGCAUCAAACACUGGUCCAAAUGAAAAAAAAAUGGAAAAUUCACACAUGUCAUUAACUUUGAUUGGUCGCGGAACAACAUCUGCCAAUCCUCCUAAUGAUAAUCUUAAGGAAAUUGCACAUAAAGAUAAUAUUGCCGCAAGAACAACUAUUAUUAAAGUCAGAGCUAAAAACCCAGGUUAUGGAUUCACUAGUAAAGCAGUUAUCUUGGGAGCAAUAACUAUAAUAAAAGAUCAUAUUAAUAUUCCUAAAGGGGGUGUUCUAACACCAGCUUCUGCAUUCCGUAAUACUCAAUUUAUGAAUCGUUUAAUGGAUCAUGAUGCUGCGGUUUUUGAAAUUGAGUCUGACUUGAUUAUUUACGGACAACAAUCAAAAUUAGUUUAAAUUUGUUGUCAUUUACUUACCUGUUUUUAGUCUUUUGUAGUGUUAAAGAUUUAUUCUAUUAUAAUACUACAAUUAUCACUUCCAUAGUGUUUAAGUUAAAUUGUUCUGUUUUAUAUAUUUUACAAUUGUUUACCUUAUAAGUUAUAAAUAACGCAUUUGUCUAUCAAUGAAUACAAUUUUCAACGGUUCUAGUUACUUUAUGUUUAUACACUCGCUAAAAGAUAAAAUACAUGUUGUGUAGUAUCAUAAAAGUAUCAUUAUUAUCUUGUUAUAAAACUAUUUACAGAAACUGUUUUACCAAUUGGUGAAUAAGUUUAAAUAUAAGUUUUUUAUAUAUUUAUAUAUCAUACACUCAUUAUAUUUUCUUUAUUUAUUAAGCAUUAAUUAUUUAUUAACUGACAUAUUUUAAUGAAAAAUAAAAAUAUUACAUCACAGUAAAAAA